AUGAAAAAAUCACCAGGUAAAAAGGUAACGAGCCACAUACCUUAUGAUCUUGGAAUUACAAUUCUUGUAAAGUUGCCUCUAAAAUCUUUAAAACGACUUGGAUGCGUAUGCAAAUCAUGGGGCAUUCUAUUUGAAAAUUCUAAUUUUAUAAAUAUUUUCUCAAACAAUUUUAUAUCUAACCACGGUUCUCAUGAUGAUGCAUCUCUUCUCUUACAAGUUACAAUAACUAAUUUUAGUGAUACUCGUUAUCACUCAUUGUAUUCUCUUUAUGGUGAUAGUUUUAUAAAUAGAGUCAAAUUAGAAUGGCCAAAUCCCUUCCAUGUGGAGAAUCCGUAUUUUUAUAUUUUAGAUUCGGGUAGUAUUAAUGGAACUCUUUGUUUGUACAGCGACAUAAAUGGAAUUUUCAUAAUUGUAAUUUGGAAUCCAAUUACCAAAGAAUUAAAAGUCAUCCCUCGCAGUCCAAUUGAAUUUGUACCAUCCCCUUAUGACCAAUAUUUUGUUGUACUUCACGGAUUUGGAUAUGACCAUAUUCAAGAUGACUAUAAAAUAAUUCGAUACAUAAACGUUGGCCUACAUUCAUCAGACAUAUAUGGAGGAAAAUACUGGGAGAUAUAUAGUUUAAGAAGUAAUUCUUGGAGAACAUUAGAUAUAGGCAUGCCUGGUUGUGGUUUGGGUACUAUCGGAGAACGAUUAUACACACUUGGAAUGUGUCAUUGGAUAAGUAAAGGUUAUACAAAUAAAGAUGAUUCCUAUUUGGUUUCAUUUAACUUGAAUGGUGAGAUAUUCAACACAACACUCAUACCCUUAUUCAUGGAUGCUGAACUUGAUCAUGAAUUUAGCAUACAUUCGAUGAUGUUAAAUGGAUCAAUUGCCACGAUCUCAUGGUAUGAUGAUACUACUACUUUUCAUAUAUCAAUACUAGGUGAACUUGGAGUCAAAGAAUCAUGGAUAAAACUCUUUAUUGUUGGACCAUUAUCUUGCGUUGAUCAUCCGAUCGGAGUAGAUAAAGAGGGUAAUAUAUUUUUCCGAAAACAAAAUGGUGAAUUAAUUUUGUUGGAUUUAAGAACAAAUGUGAUUUCCGAUCUUGGCUUUAAUGGAUGGUAUACAAGUCAAAUUGUAAUUUUAAAGGGAAGCUUUCUUCCAAUUGGAGGAAUAAAUUUGUAG